UUUUUUUUUAAGCAGCCUGGAUGUGUUUUUAUAAAUUGUAGACUGUAUUUUUUUGUGCCGUUUUGAAACCUAAGAGAAAGGUGCCUUUCUUUGUAUUCUUGGGGUGAAGGAGAAAGUGAACCCAUGGCUGGAGAGAUAAUAUCGAGCAGGAGACUGUAAACAGAACUGAGGGAGAUAACGCGGGAAGGCAGACACACAGACCAUUCCCGGAGAGGAAUGGGGUUAAUGUGAGCUCAGCCAUAAAGCAGAUUUUUUAAAAACCCACUCCUUCCAAGUCCUUCAGCUCAAGGUGCAGCCAAAUAUUUGCAUAAAGAGCUGGUGAAGGAUUCCAGCUUCCUGGUUCAUGACAUUACGGCAUGGAUCAUUUUCAAAAUUAACACCACCUCCUGCUUCAGCAGAGGCCGACAACCCCAGAGGCACGCUAUAUGGGACUGCCCGGAGGCAACGGCGUCCACCUUUCAUACCCAGCCCCAUCAUCUUCUGCAGGGCUGUAUUUGGAAUCUGAACCGGUUUCUUCCACAUCCAAUUCCUUUCAACCCCGAGAAUUUUCCAGUUGUGUUUCUUGUGAAGAAAAUACAAGCUGCAUCGACCAGGUGUUUGAGUCCUACCUUCAGACAGAGACACACCUGGACCCCUUGCUCAAUUCCACGCAGAGCACGUCACCCUAUUUCCCUGACAGCUUCCAAGCUGCCCCUUUCUGCUUUAACCAGAGCCUGACCCCAGGAUCGUCUUCGGAUUCCUCCACUCUGUCUGGUUCCUUAGACUACAGUUACUCGCUGGCUCAGCUACCUGCGUGUGCUCCGGAGAAUUACAAUUCUCCCCCUUCUCUGGACCCCAGAAACUGUGGCAAUCCCUCAGAAGAGUACUCCUACUCGCACUUGCCCUCGUACGCUCAGUAUGACUGCUUCCCCUCCGCCGGCCCCUCGGUCUGCUACUGCACGUCCUGUGAGGCAGAACAUGUGGACACCCUCAGAGCGGCAGAGUGCUUUUCCUACCCCAGCACAGACUAUGUGAACUUGGCCCCCUCAGCAGCUGUGGCCAGCGAGUUCUAUAAAAGGGGAACAAACUGGGACAUCUGCUAUAGUUAAUAGCAAUUGCAUUACAUUGGAACACAGUGUGAGUAUCUCGGUCCUUCGGCCACACCAAAUGACAGCUUGAAACAUGCAGCCUGUUAACAAAGUAUCACAAAGCCCCGUUCCCGUGUCACAUUUCCAAUGUUCUGAUGCUCGCUUAGGCAUUAGUACGAAGUCGUCAGAUCUGGUCAUCGUGCCACUCCUACUUUGUAUGCUUACAGUUAAAAUUGUCGUAGGGAGUAUUCAGUUUUCCUUUUCUAUGUAACGAACAAAUUCUAAUUUUUUUAACUAAUAAAUUUUGUAUUAU